AAACUCAAAACAUUCUUCGCUGCGCUCGCGUUCACGCACGUUGUUUUUGCUUUGCUUCGUUCCGCGGCGGUUUCGCACGUGUGUUCGGUUUUAAUUUUUCCCGUGAAAUUAAGUGCACAAAAACUGUACGAUUGUGCUGUAAAAAUGGUAGCAAACAAGUCGAAGGCUACCAAGCGAAAGGUGGCCGCCGCCCCACAGCCACCGACAGCACAGGACAAACCAGCGACGAAUGGUCGCUCCACCAAGCAACCGGAAGCCGAUUCCGACCAGAGUGCCAGCGAUUACUACGAGUCCGAUGAGGAAAAUCUUCUCGCCAACAUCAACAACGACGACGGGGACAGUUCCGACUCCGAGGGGGAGGGGGACGCCUCGGACGGGGAAGUUCAGGGUCUGAACAUCGAGAGCGAUUCCGACUUUGAGGAGGACGACCAAGAGGCGGACGGCGAGGAGGAGGAGGAAGAUUCCGCCGACGACGUUAACAGUGACAGCUCGCCGGAAGAGGACGAGGGGGAGAGUGAAGAAGAAGAGGAAGAUGACGAUGAGGGCGAUUUGGAGUUUGAGGAGGACCUCGCGGAACCGGAGAAGCCACGGGCGAUAAAGGAAGGAUCAAAGGCAGGGAAGAAUCAGGCUCCGGAGGUUGAAUCGGAAGAGGAGGACGAUGUGGAGACUAAGAAGCUGCUGGAGGCGGCAGCUAAAGAGGACCAGAAGCUAGCCGCGCUGGACAGCGUGCUCGGCCCGGACGGGGAGAAGAAAACGCGCGGCGUGGGAAGCUUCCCGCCGGAACGUAAGACCGGGAGGCUUAAAAACAGCGACGAGUACGCCGGCGGGGACACCUCGGACGAGGAGGACAUCCGCAACACGGUGGGGAACAUUCCGAUGCACUGGUACGACGAGUACAAACACAUCGGGUACGACUGGGACGGGAACCGGUUGAUAAAGCCGCCCAAGAUGGACACGAUCGACGAGUUCCUGAAGCGCAUGGAAGAUCCGAACUUUUGGCGCACCGUCAAGGAUCCUCAGACGGGGCAGAACGUGGUGCUGAGCGACGAGGACGUGGGGCUGAUUAAGCGGAUCAUGGCCGGGCGGAAUCCGGAUCAGCAGUACAAUGAUUAUGAGCCCUGGAUCGAGUGGUUCACGUCCGAGGUCGAGAAGAUGCCCAUCCGGAACAUCCCCGACCACAAGCGGUCCUUCCUGCCGAGCAAGUCGGAAAAGCAAAAGAUCGGCCGCCUCGUGCACGCCCUCAAGAUGGGCUGGGUCAAAACCCGCGCCGAAACGGAACGGCUGGCCGCCGCCGCCAAGGGUCCCAAGUUCUACAUGGUGUGGGACAGCGACCACGGCAAGGAGGACAUCCGACGCAUCCACGACCACGUGGUGGCCCCGAAGCGACCCCUGCCGGGGCACGCCGAAUCGUACAACCCACCGCCCGAGUAUCUGUUCAACGAGCGCGAGCUGGCCGAGUGGAACAGCCACGAGGAGGAACCGUGGCGCCGCAAGCUGCACUACAUUCCGCAAAAGUUCAACUCGCUGCGGGAGGUGCCGUACUACGCGCAGUACGUUCGGGAGCGCUUCCUGCGCUGUCUGGAUCUUUAUCUGUGUCCGCGUGGGAAGCGAACGCGCGUCACCGUCGGGCCGGAGUAUUUGAUUCCGAAGCUGCCCUCGCCCAAGGACCUGCAGCCGUUCCCGACGCUGCAGAACCUGGUGUACCGCGGCCACACCGACAUGAUCCGCACGAUCAGCAUCGAGCCGAAGGGCGAGUACCUGGUGACCGGGUCAGACGAUAAGACCAUCAAGAUUUGGGAAGUCUCGACGGCGCGUUGCAUCAAAACCAUCCCCACCGGGGACGUGGUCCGCUCGGUGGCGUGGUGUCCGAACAUCAAAAUAUCCCUCAUCGCAUUGGCCUCCGGCAAGCGCACGCUGCUGAUCAACCCGCACGUCGGCGACUGCCUGCUGUCGAAAAAGACCGACGAUCUGCUGGCGGAAGCCCCCAAGCACGAAGUGGUGGACAACGAGCGCAUCAGCACAGCCGUCCAGUGGGUCGAUGUGGCCGAGGAGGAGCAGAAGGCCGGCGUCCGGAUCGUGAUCAACCACUUCCGCGAGAUUAAGCAAGUCACGUGGCACGGCCGGGGCGAUUACUUCGCCACCGUGAUGCCGGAAGCCCAGAACCGAUCGGUGUUGAUCCACCAGCUGUCCAAGCGACGCUCCCAAUUCCCCUUCUCCAAGAGCAAAGGCCUCAUCCAGUGCGUCCUGUUCCACCCGGUAAAGCCGUGUCUCUUCGUAGCGACCCAGCGCCACAUCCGCGUGUACGACCUGGUCAAGCAGGAACUGCUCAAGAAGCUCUUCCCCAGCUGCAAGUGGAUCUCGAGCAUGGCGAUCCACCCGAAAGGCGACAACCUCCUGGUCGCCACCUACGAGAAGAAGAUGAUGUGGUUCGAUCUGGACCUGUCGACGCGACCCUACCAACAGCUCAAGCUGCACUUUUCCGCCAUCCGGAACGUGGCCUUCCACCAGCGCUACCCACUGUUCGCAUCGGCCAGCGACGAUCGCAGCGUGAUCGUGUCCCACGGAAUGGUUUACAAUGACCUGAUGCAGAACGCGCUGAUUGUGCCGUUGCGGCGGCUGGAGAACCACGAGCGGGUCAACGAUUUUGGUGCGUUCGAUGUGGUGUUUCACCCGACGCAGCCGUGGCUGUUUUCGUCCGGGGCAGACAAUACGGUGCGGUUGUACACGUAAGGUGGGCACAGUCUACGCGAAUGUUUGGUGUAGAGAGGAAGAUUAUUAAGGUGGUUCAAAUAAAAUGUUUGAAAAAAUAUAUUCAUUUAAAG